CUGGUGUCUGUGGGGGGAGGAAGGGAGGACAGUGGGAAGCAAUGGUUCCGGGGGUAAGCGUUUCCCAGCCGGGAGUUGUGAGCGCCGUGCCGGUUGCAGAGUGAUGAAAUGGCAGUGACAGCGGAGUGCAGUGGAUCAAUAAUAUGCUGAGGAGUCUCUCCAGAGAAACAUAAUCCUUUGCGGAUCAAUAGGACUUUACAUGGGCACAGAGUUGUUCUUCGUGGACAUGGGCACAGAGUGACAGAGGAUGCUUGGGAUGGUGUCCUCCUUACCCACUUUUACCACUGAUUUUCUUCUGUGUAAAUAUGGCAAGCUUACUAUAAUCAGAACCAUAAUGGUUUUAAAACUCUCUUCUCAAAUCAAGUUGAUGUCGUCUUAUCCUCAGUUCUGAAUAUUUAAACAGCAUGAUGCUUGAAUUUUUACAAAAGAAAAUUAUUCAGAGCAUAGUUCUCCUUGAUGUUGCUUCUGUUUUGAAUCUGCAAGCUGGAGAAUUGGAAGACGUUAAAUUUAGUUGAGUUGUAAAUAAACAGAUCCUUUGAAGUCUGGCAAAAUGGCUGAUAGUCUGAACUGUGAUUUGAAGUCUCUGAGUCCGCUUCAGCUGUUUGAAAGAGUAACUGAACAAGGAGAGAAAGUCAGAGCACUGAAAGCAGGAAAAGCACCAAAGGAUGAAAUUGAUGCAGCAGUGAGGAUGCUAUUGUCAUUAAAACUGUCAUAUAAAGCAACAACAGGGCAAGAUUAUCAGGCAGGCUUGCCUCCAAGAGAUCUUGUACUAAUAAACAAUGGUACAACUAAAGAAGGUGAUGAGGAUUUUGUGGACCCCUGGACUGUGCAGACAUCAAAUGCUAAGGGUGUGGAUUAUGACAAACUCAUAGUUCGGUUUGGCAGCAGUAAAAUUGACACAGAUCUGAUCAAUCGAAUAGAAAGAGCUAUUGGGCAAAAACCUCACCGCUUUCUACGUAGAGGAAUCUUUUUUUCUCACAGAGAUAUGGACCAAAUCCUUGAUGCUUAUGAAAAGAAGAAGUCCUUUUACCUUUAUACAGGCAGAGGGCCAUCCUCUCAGGCAAUGCAUGUUGGUCAUCUUAUCCCAUUUAUAUUCACAAAGUGGCUGCAAGAAGUAUUUGAUGUUCCUUUAGUUAUACAGUUAACUGAUGAUGAGAAGUACCUUUGGAAGGACCUGACAACUGAGAAGGCAUAUGAAUAUGCUAGAGAAAACGCAAAAGACAUAAUUGCAUGUGGUUUUGACAUCAAUAAAACCUUUAUAUUUUCUGAUUUAGACUAUUUGGGGACAAGUAGUGGAUUCUACAAAAACAUCGUCAAAGUUCAGAAGCAUGUGACAUUUAACCAAGUGAAAGGAAUCUUUGGCUUUACAGACAGUGAUUGCAUUGGAAAGAUCAGCUUUCCUGCUAUUCAGGCUGCUCCAUCCUUCAGUUCAUCAUUUCCACAGAUCUUCAAUGGCAAGGAGAACAUUCAGUGUCUUAUCCCAUGUGCUAUCGAUCAGGAUCCUUAUUUUAGAAUGACCCGAGAUGUAGCACCUAGAAUUGGGCUGCCUAAACCAGCCUUAAUGCACUCAGUCUUCUUCCCAGCCCUGCAAGGAGCACAGACAAAAAUGAGCGCUAGUGACCCGAACUCCUCCAUCUUCCUCACCGAUACACCCAAACAAAUCAAGACAAAGAUUAACAAGCAUGCCUUCUCGGGAGGCAGAGACACCAUUGAAGAGCACAGGAAGUACGGAGGUAACUGCGAUGUGGAUGUGUCUUUUAUGUACCUGACUUUCUUCCUAGAAGAUGAUGACAGGCUUGAACAACUGAAGCAGGCAUACACAAGCGGGGAGUUGCUCACUGGGGAGCUGAAGAAGGUUCUUAUUGAAACAUUGCAGCCCUUGAUAGCAGCUCAUCAAGAGCGACGGAAGCAGGUUACAGAUGAAGUAGUGAAGCAAUUUAUGACUCCACGGAAGCUAGCUUUUGAAUUUUGAAGAAAUACGUAUGGAACUUACCACUUGAUAAACCAAAACCAAGGAAUUGUUGUCUCCUCUUGUAUGUCAUCACUCCCUAGUUAUUUACAGCCUGCAAUCAGUGCUUUAUAAAUAUUGCUUUCAAUGAGUCAAUUACAAUGAAUGUCAGAGUACAGGAGAAGUUCAAAAUAGGACUCGUAUCUAUUUAAAAUCAGAAUAUACAAGACAGCAUUGCCCAAUCUUGCAGAAAAGCAUGUCUGUCAGCAUAACACUGUAUUUUAUUGUAUUUCAUGUUGAAAAUAUAAAUAAAACUUCCAUUUUAAUGAUAAAGCCUAACUUGUAAAUUGUUUUAGAUACAUCGGUGAGAGGUCAUAUCUCAAAGUAAUAACUAGUUGUUCUAUUUUCUUUUGUCCUGUGUACCUUGGUUUACUAGACUGUAUGUCCCUUUGGGCUACUGGGAACAUGCUGUACACAAAAAGAUAAUCAGUGUUACAAAGCAGAUUACAUAGUGACUUAGCCCUGGGAUCAAUACCAAAAGAAUGGAAAUCUAACACAGGAGAAGGAAUAUCAAGCUGGUUUUGCUGUUGUCUUCCUCUUUGACCUACGGGCAAGUCUCAGAAAUCUCACUGUACUUUUGUUUCUGCGGCUAUUCAGUUGGUCUGACUCCUCUGGAGGGAGGAGGUUAUCAUGAGGUUGUAAACUUCCUUUAUAUUCUCAGCUGCAAGCUGUUGCAGGAAUGUGUAUUUUAGUUUCUAGUUAGAAAAAGAAAACGCCAAGUGUUAAAUCGUGCUGUGAAAAUAAAGUUGCUGCUGCACACAGGGA